AGAUACCCCGACAAAUAUCCAACGAAAUACAAAUUGUUUUUUUUUUUUUUUUCUAUUAAACUCCCAAAGGAUACGGGACUCGUCCUAGUGCAGUGCUAGCCAUUGAUAUCCCAAAAAUGUGGCAACAAUAUUUUUUUGUGAUCUUCGCCUGCUUGGGGUCUGGCCUGGUCGGCGGUGGCAAUGCCUUCUGGUGGCCCAGGGCCACAACCCCUGCUGCACGCCCUUUUGAUUUCAGGGAAGCACCCAACGCACAGCAGAUGCUGCAGCAGAUACCGCUGACCUACUUCCGCACAUACACGUACCAGCCGCUGACUGGGGGGGGGCCCUUCAGCGUGCCCUUCUUCGGCUACGGAGCAGCUCAGACGCCGCUCCUGUCGCCGAGUCCGCACUACGACCCGUACGCCGUGACCAGCUACGCGGCUGCCCGGCGGCACGAUGUCGCCGCCAAGACUGGCGUCACGCCGCCAGCUGCCAGCAGCUCCACCACCACCACCAGCACCACCACGCCCGCUCCAACGACGACCACCACCACCACCACGACGACCACCACUCCGGCACCGACUACAACGACCAGCAGCACAACGACGCCGCCUCCACCUCCUCCACAUCCCGCGAAUGGCAUCUCAGAGGGAGCGACAGUGGGAGGCUCCUACCCCUCCUCGGGCGGAGGCUCUGGAGCGACAUCCUCCCUGCUGCGCUAUGGAGAGUAUCCGACCUACACCCGGCGGGUGAGCAACCUGUACAACGCCCGACCGCAGUACCCGUAUCCGGACUACUUCAACAACCAGCCGCAGGGCGGGUUGGCGGAGCCGGGUGUGGGAAUGGGAGUGGGAGCGGGUGGCACCCGCAUCCAGUUUGUGCCCUGCAUGUGCCCCGUCAGCGUGCCCAGCCUGAGCAGCUCCCUCACUGGCGCUGGCGCUGCCGCCGCCGUUCCAGCCGCUCCAGCAGCCAUCGGCAGUGCGUCCUCCUCCAACCCGGCGGCGCGUCACAUCGACAGCCAUGAGAUGCAGGCGGACGCAGAGUUGGAUGCGGAUGCAGACGUGGACGCAGACCCAGAGGCCAGUGACGAUGAGGAGGACGUGGAGGAGGAUGAAGGUGUCACUGCCAAAGCACUGCCCGACCACCAGGAGACGACAUCGAACAGCCCCGCUUAGCCAAUGGCGCUCUCCCACUCCAUAGUAUUAAAAAAAAACCACACAUCGACUGAUUUGCCAGUUCUAGCUAUAUACUAC